CGCGAGACAAAGACGAAGACAGGGUGAGAUCUGAGUCGCACACGGAGGAAGGCAAGAAAAAGAGGGAGAUCUUGACAAACUAAUAAAACCCAUUAAAGAUGUCGGGACGGUCCGUGCGAGCGGAGACACGCAGCCGUGCAAAAGAUGAUAUCAAAAAAGUGAUGGCGGCAAUUGAAAGGGUCCGUCGAUGGGAAAAAAAGUGGGUUACAGUGGGCGACACGUCAUUAAGGAUAUUCAAAUGGGUCCCGGUUACAGAAACUAAACAGAUAUACAAGCCUAAAGUGUCAGGUACUGCGAUGAGGGAACUGAAGGGCUUUCCUACAGAUGUAGUGUUGGAAAACGCCCGCUCCGUGCUACUGGAUUUUCAGGAUGACAACAGCAACCAGAGUUUCCUAUCAGAUGCCUAUCUGUCUAAUACCAAAGUGGACAGCAGCAGCAACUCCAGUCCACAGCACGUGAGUGAGGCAGUGAGCCCUUCACACGCUCCCUUCUUCCGUACAGAGGACUCCCAGCCACCCACCCUGGGACAGGAGACAAUGGAUACCGAGAGAGAGGCAUCAACAACCAGCAGUGAGGUGACGGAUGAGCCUCCAACUCUAAUUAAAGAAGAUGUGUUGUCUCUCUCUACUCAGGAGGAAGAGGAUGUGAUUGGAGCCCCACCGCUUAAAAGAGUUUGCACUGAGCAAAGCUCAACUCUCAGUUAGCACCAUUAUGCUGAACAUUGCAGGUCAAACGUAUAGAAGAGUUUCUGAAAGCGACUAAACUGUACAUUUAAGAGACUUUUUGCAACCUGCCAAAUGCCUGAAUUUCACUUGUACAGUAAAUGAUCAAGAAAAGAAAAACUUUGUUUUCUUUUUUAUACAUUUAAAAAGAUGUUCUUCGAUGUUUUCAGGUGUUUUCUUAUGAAUAUAAAUCAGUUUGUAUCGCAUCGCAUGUACAGUAUGAGUUGAAUUUUAAACAAUUAACUUGUUUUGUGUUUGUGGCAUUUCUAAAGAUUAUACAAAUAACUUGUAUUGCCUUUUUUGUUUUACUUUAUUGUAAAAAUACUUCAGUGCAUGCAUUUUGAAUAACAUCCGUGUUAUCUGUUUCUUGAUUUGUUUUAUUAUUGUUCAAUGUACUGCAUCAAAUUAUCAAACUUUUUAUUGAAAAAGGUAUGCUUAUCUUUUAUAAAUGGUAAGGUCACUCACAGAUUUGUAUUUGAAAUAUGAAGGCUUCUACUCUCUGUAGUCUUUUAAGUAUUUUUCAAAAAAUGAGAAAGAAAAAUAAAAGAAAUAUUUGUGUAUGGUCCAUGUAGUCUUGCCUGAUAAAAAUGUACCUGGAUUUUUUCACUAGACAGAUGGAAAUAAAACCACUUUGGAUUUA